CUCGGGAGGGCUCUCACACACACAUUUCCUACACACACUGUUCCGUGCUGACGAGCGGGGGAGAUAUGAGAACGGGGCGUCCUCCCUCUCAACUCUUCUAAAAACACACUGGGCGCUUCUUGUAAGGUUACCGCCGGAGAUCUGACACACACUCUUUCAAAAAGACAUACAAACACAAACUCAUCAGGGGGAGACGAACCAGCUGAGAUUUGUUUUCAAACUGUCCCCCGAUGGCUGCGUGACAGGUCCACUAAACGCGCAAGAAGACCCACACGGUUCCAGGAUUUGGACUGCUUCACGCAUCUCUGUCCCUGUCUUGAGUCGUUUUUUAAUAUCGUGUGUUGGGAACUCCGUUCAAUCAUGGAUACCUACAGCUCCUUCACCGCUCUACUUUUACUUCUGGCUUCGUUAAAUAGUGUGUCAACCGUGCAGUUCCCGUCGCCACUUCUGAUAAAGGAAUGGGUGGAGCAGAUGCAGCAGGAGCUGGUCACACUGACGGACACAGCCAGCGGAGUGCAGAAUCUCAUACAGAUCUUCCAGAGCCACAGGAAGUACUUCAGUGUGGGGUCCAACGAUGCCAGCCAGCUGGUGGCUAAUGCAGCGGGGAACAUCGAGAAUCUCCUGGCCAACCGUUCUCGUGCUCUCAAGACACUGGCAUCCGCUGCAGAGGAUUUUCAGAUGUGGCAUCGGUGGAAGAAUGAUCCUGAGCCUGAUGACAUCCAUUACUACUAUGCCAAAGAAAACCUGGACUCAAAUGAUACAGAGGUCAAGAAGCCAAACCGGCUUUAUCCAGAGUUUAAGGAAGACGAGCAAUUUAGACGCCUCAUCUCUUACAACACCACAGCAGUCCACAUACCCACGGACAUAUACGAGGGCUCCACCAUUGUGCUGAAUGAGCUGAACUGGACAGACGCAUUAGAGGCCGUGUUUAGAAAGAACAAGGAAGAGGAUCCUACUCUACUGUGGCAGGUGUUUGGCAGCGCCACCGGAUUGGCUCGCUACUUCCCAGCAUCCCCUUGGAUGGACUCGCGAAAAACGCCCAAUAAGAUUGACCUCUACGACGUCCGGCGGCGACCGUGGUACAUUCAGGGGGCGGCGUCUCCUAAGGACAUGCUGAUCCUAGUGGAUGCGAGUGGCAGUGUCUCUGGUCUCACCCUCAAGCUAAUCCACACCUCUGUCAACGAGAUGCUGGAGACCCUGUCUGACGAUGACUACGUCAAUGUGGUCUAUUUUAAUGAUAAAGCGAUGAAGGCAGCGUGCUUUCAGAACCUGGUACAGGCCAACGUGAGGAACAAGAGGUUCCUGAAGGACGCUGUGCGGAACAUCUCAGCCAAGGGCAUCACCAACUAUAAAGGCGGCUUCGAGUUGGCCUUCGAGCAGCUCUCAUCGUUGAACGUGACCCAGGGCAGGGCGUUGUGUAACAAGAUCAUCAUGCUGUUCACUGACGGAGGAGAGGAGAGGGCCCAGGAGAUCUUCCAGAAGUAUAACGCUGACAAAAAGGUGCGGAUAUUCACGUUCUCAGUGGGCCAACACAACUAUGACAAAGGACCAAUCCAGUGGAUGGCCUGCACCAACAAAGGGUACUAUUAUGAAAUCCCGUCCAUCGGUGCUAUCAGGAUCAACACUCAGGAGUAUCUGGAUGUACUGGGAAGGCCCAUGGUCAAAGCAAACAACAAGGCCAAGCAGGUUCAAUGGACCAACGUUUACCAGGACGCACUGGAGCUGGGUCUGGUGAUCACAGGAACACUUCCAGUCUUCAACAAGACCAACACCAAAGCUGACAAAGAGAGGGGACUACAGAGGCCCCAAAACCAGCUGAUCCUGGGAGUGAUGGCUAUCGAUGUGUCUCUGGACGACAUCAAAAGAUUAACACCGAGAUUUACAUUUGGACCAAAUGGUUAUUACUUUGCCAUUGACCCCAACGGUUACGUCUUGCUGCAUCCCAACCUCUGCCCAAAGAAUCCUAAAUUUCAGGAGCCUGUAACUCUGGACUUCCUGGACGCUGAGCUGGAGGAUGAGAUUAAAGUAGAGAUAAGAACGAACAUGAUUCAUGGAGAAACCGGCCACCGCACCGUACACACACUAGUGAAGUCCCAGGAUGAGCGGUACAUAGACCGAAGCGAAAGAUCGUACACAUAUGCCCCUGUAAAGGGUACAGAUUACAGUCUAGCCUUGGUCCUUCCAGUGUACAGCCUGCAUUACAUCCACACUACUAUCGGAGACACCAUCACCCAGGCCAAAUUGGAAUUGGGGGACGAGGUCUCUGAAAGCCUGCAGGAAGACAAGUUUGAGGAGUAUGGAUACACUCUCAUUGCACCAAGGGAGUACUGUAAGGAUCUGAAGCCGUCUAAAAACAACACAGAGUUCCUGAUGGACUUCAACGAGUACAUCGACAGGAAGACUCCCAACAACCCACUGUGCAACGUGGAUCUGGUGAACAGAUUGUUGCUGGACGCUGGCAUCACAUCAGACCUUGUUAAGCAGUGGAGGGAUCAGAUGCCAAAUGGAGUCCUGGCCAGGUUUGUGGCCACUGAUGGAGGAAUCACUCGCAUUUAUCCCAAGAGUGCUGGACUAGACUGGACAGAGGACCCUGAGACAUACGAGUCAAGCUUCUAUAAGAGAAGUCUGGACAAUGACAUCUACAUCUUCACACCAACACCCUACCAAGAGGACACCAACAUGACUGAGGACUCAGUCCUGGUGAGCAGAGCAGUGAACCUGGACAUUGAUGGAGUCAGACUCAAACCAGCAGUUGUGGGAGUGAAACUGGACAUCAAUACCUGGAUGACCAACUUCAUCAAUGCUACUCUGAAGAUGAACUGUAAGGACGAGAUCUGUGGUUGUCAGAGGAAUGAUGAGCAUGUGGACUGUGUCAUCCUGGAUGAUGGGGGAUUCCUAGUCAUGGCCAAUCGGGAUGAAUACAUCGGUCAGAUCGGCCAGUUCUUCGGGAUGAUCGACCCUAUCCUCAUGGUCAACCUGGUCAACAUGUCUCUGUUCACGCUCAACAAGACGUACGACUACCAGUCGGUCUGCGACCCCAAGAGGGAGAGCAAGGGGUCCGCGGCGGGCCUGCGCUCAGUCUACGUGCCCACCAUAGCAGACAUUUUGAACGUUGGAUGGUUAGCAUCAGCAGCAGCCUGGUCGAUACUACAGCAAUUAUUGGUUAGCAUAGCAUUCCCUAAUUUCUUGCACGCAGCAGACACUGAUGACGAAAUACCUGACAUGUCCAAGGAGAGCUGUAUCACGGAGCAGACUCAAUACUUCUAUGACAACGAGGAAAAGUCCUUCAGAGGAACACUAGACUGUGAAAACUGCUCCAGGAUGUUCCAUGCUGAGAAGCUGUGGAAGACCAACCUGGUGUUCGUCAUCGCCGACGCCAAGCUCACCUGCAUGUCAUGUGACCACAAGCCCUUAAUACAGGCCGAGCAGCCUUCUGAGGGACCAGACCCAUGUGAAAUGGCUGAGAAACCAAGGUUCCGAAAAGGUCCAGAUGCCUGUUUCGACAACAACGAGAGGGAGGAGGACUUUGACUGUGGUGGGGCGUCCGCUCUGAGCCCGUCCCUGUUGGCCAUGGUGGCGCUGCAGCUGGCCCUGCUCUGGCUCCUGGCCGGCUCAACUCACCACGCCGUCCCCUCGUGACCUCUGAAGACCUCGGUUGCCCCCGGCAACCGGCAUGCAACGCCGCCUCAAAACGCCGAACGCUAAAACAAAAAAACAUCUGAAACCACUUCCUGACAGAUCUUCUUUUGGGAUAUUUGCGUUUUUUAAGGGUUUCGUUACAUUUCUUCACCCAGGGGUGGGAGAAAGUGAGGAAAGUUAACAUCGGCGGGAUGUAAAAUAAAUUCUAAGCGAGAACUUUCAUCCCUGACCCCUGACCCCUGGCUUUUCCCCUCCAGCCAUCUGAGCUUCCAGCCAUCUGAGCUAGGGAGAUCGAGGUGAUUGAGUGGUGAACUUUGACCUUUGUUUGGCUCGACGAUGACAACCCUGCGAAUGCUACAGGUUGGACUGCCUUACAGUGCCAGGGGGAAAGUGAAAGGACUGCCUCUUCAUUUUGGGUUCCUUUUAGGUUUUUGGGGUUUUUUGUGAUGUUCUAAAAGAGAUCCCCGUUGAUUUGUAUUCAACACUGCCAGAAACAGUGCUGCCCUUCGCAACAGUCCCGUUGUGUUUGUCACAAAGUUAUUUAUUUAUUUCUAAACCUUUUGCAGUGGCUUGUUACUCAGUAUUGAAAUGUGUGUUUGUUUUGUUCAAGUUGCAAUAAGUUGUUUAAUAGGAAGUCAGAAAUCAGAAUGUUUUUUAUUUUACACUGGGGUGCUGUUGGCAUUAUUCUGUUCGUUUCAACUCCCAUUUAAAAGUAGCAACACAUUUACAUUCACGCUGCUGUCCUUGUAUAGAUGUGGUGUACAACGAUCAUAUUCAUUCACAUACAUGUGGUCACAUAUGAACCCUUUUGCCCCCACUUACUAUCUCCUGUUUGAAGUGAUUGAUCCCUUUCUGUUUGCGGUCAACCACUUCUCCCUCAACCUUGACCACAAAUGGUCAAUGUCGGGUCCUACCAUCUUGGUAUCUGGUCCCUCUGAACUAACCAUCAUUGCCAAAGAGCAAUUGACCAAUCAGGGCACCCCGGCUGGCCUCUAGUGCACUCAUUGGUCUAAUCUCUAGUGCCAUGUUGAUUCUUAGUCAGACAAACCCUUUAGCUUUAUUUAUUUGACUGUGUGGCUACUGACCUGAAGGAAACUUGAUGUGUUUGGUAUUUAUUUGAAUAUAUAAGUUUGUUUUUGUUUUUUAUUAGGAUGAAGGGCAUAGCUGCAUGCUAGUGUGUAAUGUUGGCUUUAAUGCCAUUAUUUUUUGAUUGAUUUCAAUGCGUCAAUGCAAUGGAUAUAAAAUGAAGAGAAAGAGUAGGAGGGAUGUAGGAAAUGUAGACUUGGUACAUGACAGUUUAUUUGUGCUUGCUCAUGUCUCACUUCUUGAUUUAAGUAUCGUUGAAUACGUGACUUGCAACUUCAAGGAUCUGUCUUUCUCACAAUGUUCUGCCCGCUAUUGAAGAGAACAUUUCCCCAAAUCAAAAACCAUUGCACCUCGUUGCAAAGUGAAUUUCCCCCUCAAAACGUAAAUUGCUUUAAGACCUAUUGGAAAUGUCUAUCAAUACACUCCAAUCUAAAUUCAUUCAUAUCAGUGUGGAUAUCAGUCCUGUUGUACUUUCUUAGUUUUUGUGUGCCUUGUGGUUCUGGUACUUUAAUAACUUUAUGAAUUAGAGAUUCAAGACAGAUUGACAAUAGGAUACUGUCUUUCUGAGUGUACUAUACUAUGGUAUACACCUGCUAACUCAUUUCCCCACAAGAACAGCUACCAACAUACUACAUGAGAAAUAACAGAAAUGUGCCUCGUUUUAUUCAGGACCAAAUCUGGACCCGUCAAUCAUCCUGGCCAAACGAUGCAGUGGAAUAACUUUGAGUGAAAGAGACAUAAGGUUAAGUUUCUUUAUUCAGCGUUGUGGAAAAACGGUUUUAUUAUCAUGUCAGAAUAUCAACAAUUCCUCUCUAAAUGGAUUGUAUUCGUUUAAUUUUUGAACAUGGUUCACAAGAGGGACAUGGUAGACAUGCUGUGCUUUAAAAAAACAUUUGUUUCUUUGUGAUGCAAUUCAGCUUGUUCGACUGGGACGUGAUCUGAUGGUCGAUUUAGUGUCACUGAUCUGUUGUAGAGAAAAUAUAGAGGAGUUCCUGGCACUGAAUUGACCUCUUAAGCACUAAACAAGAUCAUUUCAGACAAUCGAUUCGAUAACAAUUGACAAUCAUAGUUUCCGAUAACUUGCUUAAGACUAGUAUUAGUAAUACUUCAUUGAAUUAAUUGCUGUAGAUGAAAAUGCAAACAACUGCCAAAACAGGGACUUUAAAGGAGCCUUGGGGUAAUGUCAGAAACAUUCACGCAUUGUUUCCUUUGAAAACAGAGGCAUAUGGACUCAGGAAACCACAUAGUCUAUUCAGUGUAGAGUUGGGAAACUACAUGAUUACGCUGUGUGGUCUCUAGUGCCAUUCAAAUACUUCUCCCACACCUCAUUAUCAUUGCUUAAAUUAUAAUUACAAAGCGUUCUUACGUCAACCAGAAUAAAAUCCAUCUGGACUUUUUCCAUUUCUCUGAAACACUGAAGAGGAAGGGGACUUUUGUUAUGAUCCCAGUCUUAAGCUAUGAUUAUUUGCCAAUAUGUUAUGUGGCGAAACUCGAGUACCAUCACCAAAGGCGGACUGCUGUCAUGUCCGAAACUAUACGAGUGGUCUGAGGUGACAUUUAGGGUCCCGUAUUGGUUGUUUCAAUGUUCUGUGGGGAAACUAACUAACAUCCUGUAUUUAAGACCCUCAAUAUCUAAGAACAUUCAAGAAUAUCAAGUGCCAUAGGACUCUCUUUCUCUGUUUACCGGGAAACCUAUUACUAACGUUUAUGCAACGUUUAGGAUUGAAUAAGUGCAAAUCUCAUCUAUUUUCCCUGUGUUGCAUGAUAAUGCCAUGAUACUGUAUCAGUGGCAGGCAAUGAGAUAAAGUACCCUCUUUCUUCUCCUGCUUUGGUGUGUAUUGUUGGGAUGGGAAGCAUAAUACUGUGGGUUUGUUGGGUGUCUGUUUAUGAUAUGAUAACGAUACAGCUUCUACUGCCUUUCUCUUGAGGAGACAGCAUUUGGUACCGCCCUGGUCUGAGUGAGCGCAGUGGCCUAGCGGUUACAGCAUUGGGCCAGUAACCGAAAUGUCACUGGUUCGAAUGCACGAGCCGACAAGGUGAAAAAUCGGUCAAUUUGCCCUUGAGCAAGGCACUUAACCCUAAUUUGCUCCAGGGGCGCUGUACUACUAUGGCUGACCCUGUAAAACGACACAAUUCACUGCAGCUCUCCGGUGUAUGUGACAAUACAUAUCUUUUCCUCUGUCACAGGUUGUCACAUUCAAGACCAGACUAGACCCUUGGGAAAUGGUGUCUGGUUAUUUCAUGCCACUCUAAGGGCUAAAAUCAGAUGCUGUCACCUCAGGAAUAACAUAUUAGCAGAGUGAUUGGAUGUGUUUUUUGAUGCUGUGGUGCUCUCUGUGUGGAUUGUGUGGGUUAUGCUUUUUCUGGACUCUUUUUUUGUUAUCAUGAACUCUCAGUGUGUUUUAAGGGGAGUGUUCCAUGCCUACAACACUAUGUCAGGCUAUUGGUGGGACCGCCCCCCAAUCUUUCUCUGCCAGCGUUUUCAUGGCAGACCAUUGGUGGACAUGUCCACUAAUCUCCCCUUGUCAGACUCCUUUUUGACAGGCUAUUGGUGGGCCUCCGCGUCAAUCUCCCUUGAUUGUGCUUUUAAGAUGUUACACUUUUGUGGAACUUGAUUCACCUGAAUCAGUCAUGUAUAAAUUUGUACGAUACUGUUAUUAUUCUCGGACGAAAGAAAGAAAAUAGUAAUGUUUAUAAUCCUGGAAAAUGCUUAUUCAUGUGCAAAUACAGUAUAUUCAGAAUAAAACUUUCUCAUUAGCUAUUGAA